CACCGCACAAAGCCUAAGCCUAGCAACCUACCUGCAGCUUUUAUGAUGAGUUGUCGCGCUGGUCUGAAACAGUUUAGAAGUUUGCGCUUUUACUUAUCUGUACUGUCGCAGCAAUCGCUGGACGUUUGUGGUCAGUCUCUGUCUAACAGUGCGAGAAGACGACAGUCAUGAUCCAUCCCCGCACGCUCAGAAUAGAUUACGGAAAAACUACGACGGUAUUAUACGUAGUUGGCUCGGAGCUAAACGUCAACCUGAACAGGAGUGCCCCUCCCACCUCCAAGUUCUUCUCCGUGAAAGGCACUGCCAAUGUUCAGUACAGCAUCAGCCCCACUCCUCGGGACACAUCCCACCUCUCUCCCAUCCCUCUCACUGAAAACUCAGUCCUGCUCAUCAGCAGGGACCAUGCCAGUCAAUAUGAAAAUGAUAGCAAGCUGUCGGUCCAGUACUAUGGGGCGAAUAAAGAGGUCUUAGGGAGAGCAGUUGUGCAUCUGACAGCUGUUGAGCUCUCACUGGAUGUUGAUGCUGAUAGAGAUGGCAUCGUGGAGAAAAACAACCCUAAAAAGGGUUCUUGGAAAUGGGGUCCUAAUGGGCAUGGGGCCAUCCUUUUGGUCAACUGUGACUCAGAAAAGACCUACAAGAAGACACUAGACAGCGAGGACAAAAACAUUUAUAAAGUGUCUGGUAAACCACUAUCAGUGCAGCUUCAGUUUUCACCAAUAAAUACUCAAUUUUUUCAUUUGUUUUCUGUGCCACAAGGUUUUCUGAACUUUCCCUAUGACAAAGACUUCAAUGGACUCGUCACCAUCAACCUCAGUCUAUUAGAACCAAUCUCUGAUGGUCUCCCUGAGACGCCGAUUUUUACUGACAAAGUUGUGUUUAAAGUGGCACCAUGGAUCAUGACACCCAACACGCUUCGACCUGUAGAGGUAUUUGUCUGCAGCACAUCUGAUAACUACCAGUUCCUGAAAGGAAUGAGGAACCUUGUUGCGAAGAGUGGGUACAAGCUGAACAUUUGUCAUGAAUAUGUAAACAGAGGUGACCGCUGGAUGCAGGAUGAACUGGAAUUUGGUUACAUCGAUUCACCUCAUCAUCAUUUUCCUGUUGUUCUGGAUUCCCCGAGAGAUGGCAAUCUAGCAAACUUUCCAUAUGAUGAGCUGCUUGGUCCCGACUUUGGCUAUGUGACAAGGGUGGCCCUAGAUGAACAUGUGAGCAGUUUAGAUUCGUUUGGCAAUCUGGAGGUCAGUCCUCCUGUCACAGUGAAUGGAAAAAAAUACCCCCUGGGAAGAAUCAUCAUUGGGGUUGCCUUCCCUACGGCAACUAAAGGACGAAAUAUGACCAAAGUAGUUCAAGACUUCUUGUGGGCUCAGAAGGUUCAGGAGCCCAUCGCCUUGUUCUCUGACUGGCUCUUUGUUGGCCACGUGGAUGAAUUCAUGACUUUCGUUCCUGCGCCUAACAGAAAGGGCUUCCGACUGCUGUUGGCCAGCCCAGACGCAGGCUACAAACUAUUCAGAGGCCUACAGAACAGUGGACACGGACAAGCCACGUUGUUUGAUGGGUUGACAAAUGCAGAACAAAUAACACUGGAUAAAAUCCUUAAGGAUGAAAAACUCCAAGCUGAAAAUAACUAUGUACAGAGCUGCAUCGACUGGAACCGGGAUGUGUUGAAGAGGGAACUAGGCCUAGACGAUGAAGACAUCAUUGAUCUGCCAAUCCUCUUCAAACUAGUGGAGGAUGAAAAGGAGUAUAGAGCAGUAGCUUACUACCCCGACAUGGUGAACAUGAUUGUUUUGGGGAAAAACCUUGGUAUCCCAAAGCCCUUUGGCCCCAAAGUGAAUGGACGAUGUGCACUCGAGGCUGAGAUGUGCUCUCUAAUGGAAGGCCUGGGCCUCAACUGCACGUUCAUUGACGACUAUUCAUCCUACCACCAGCUGUUGGGAGAGGUCCACUGUGGGUCCAAUGUCCGCAGGGAGCCCUUUGAGUUCAAGUGGUGGAACCUGGAGAUGUAAAUAAUACAGAUAUGACACAGAAAGAUUUCUGCCCUGGUUGAUUUGGUGACGCCCAUCAUGAAAAUCAUUGUAUUGCCAUAGCAAACACUUCAUUGUCAUAAUUUUGUAAUGAAUACUAAAGAUCAGAAAAUGUUGCUUUACAAAAUAAGAAAUUAGAAAGGAUCGUCGGUGAUAAAUGCAACUGUUUUCUAAUGUCAUGCAGAGAAUGAUGAAAAGAGCUACGGUACAUGUUGAUCUUAAAAAAUAUUGCCACAAUAUUCUUACUCUGCUGAUUUAAAAAAAAAAAAAAAGAGCUGAGCCUUUAACCCCAUUUCACCACUUAAAGAUUUUGUAGGUAAGGAAGCAGCAGCUGUGGGAACAGACUACAUUGCAUUAACAGUAUCUUAAUGUAGCUCUGACACACUGUAAACAGGGUAAGUAAGGCAUGCAUGCUAUGUUUCAUGUGCCUCGAAAUGGAAUCAGUUAGCAGUGAUGCAAUGGUGGACUAACUAAAUGAUGAUACUAACAAAUCUACAUAUAUACAAAGAUGUACUUACAGAAUGUUAAAACACGUGUAUUUGGUAUCCAGCCUGGGAAUGGAUUUCAUAAAAAUUUGGGGGAUUUAACUUUAAAAGGAGCAGAUGGUGGUGGUUAGGUUGGUGUAUUAGAUAACUUGGAAAACAGCUUCCUUAAAGCCUUAAAGAGUAUCAUCUCUGCCUUCAUGAAUGAGGAAUGCCUUUGAAUGUGCUUCAUUGUCACACAGAAAUACUUAAAUGGCAAACAUGAUUUUUUUUUUUUAUUGCAGAAAUGAAACUUUAUUCACUUUAUGCAUUUUCAACUUUAUUAAACUUUUUAGUUAGCUUAUUUUACAAAAAAAGCUAUAUGUACAAACGUUUCUUUUAAACAAGUGCUUAAGCAAACUGACAAGAAUCAAUACAAUCAUUUGAAUCAAGCACAGAGAAGACUGGUUUCCAGUGUUGUGGUUAGCAUACAGUGCAAGCACAGAUAGAUGAUGGUACCACAUAGUGAUGUGCUAUAAUAACUCAGAGCCACACGAGGGCAGGCUUUAUCUACUCAAGGAUUCAGGAGGAAAAAUGAUUUGAAUACAUCUCCCUUAAAUGAUUCUGAAAGGCUGUAACUGACAUGUGUUACUGUUACAUUUGUCUAUGUUUUUCUGUGCAUGUGUUGUAUUGAGAGUGAUUUAUGCUAUAAACAACUCAGUGAGUACAUUAAACAGUA